AUGCCUCUGCCGGCGAAUUCUUGCACCUGGCAACACCAACGUGAGGCUGACAGCUCCACUGCCGGCAGCGCCGCUCACGUGGACACGGACUCCGACGAGGGUCCGCCGACACUGUAUGUUAGUAGCACCAACAUUCGCAGUAACACCAGUUCUCCCAUCCCUCAGGAGGCGAACUGGUCUGGCGGAAGACCCACCCAGUUUGCACCCACCGCAAGUCAGCGAAACACCAACCUGCGGGCGUCUCGUAGGCGGAUUAUUAACUAG